AUGUCUCUGCUGAAACAGCGGGGGAGAGAACUCGAGCGAUUCGACGGACUGUCGCUCAUUUACUGGACACUAAUGGGUCCAUAUGGAGUAGACCGAGCUGUUCAUUCCAUGGAGUUUACAGACUGUGAGAAUGGACUCGGAAUUAAAGUGAUCGGUGGAGUAAAGGAGCUAACUGGAGAGGAGUUUGGAGUCUACGUCAAGCGGAUUUUACCAGGUGGCCUUGCUUCAAGCGAUGGAAACCUGAUGCCAGGAGACCAGAUCUUGGAGGUGAAUGGGGACAGCCUAGUAGGCAUCACAAGUGAAAGAGCUGUGGACAUCUUGAGAGCGGCCUCUGCUACCAAUCACAUGCGUCUCCUCAUAGCCAGAGAUGAGGAAGCAAAGAGGGAAUUUGCUGAGCUGCUGGAGAAAUAUGGCUCCAACGGAAGCACAGGAUCAACACGCAACUCUCCCAUCCAGCAAGGAGGUCGCUACCUGGACAGCACAUCAUCUGGUUCUUCGUCUCGAUCCCAGAGUCCUUUGCUGUUGAGCCCAGCAGGCUCUCAGAACAUGUACAACAACAGUGGACCAAUGCUGCGCUCCCUCAGUCACCCAGGUGAAGGAGUGAUUCAGCUCAUUUCAGUGGCCCGAUCGAGCAGUUUAGGCAUCACCAUCGGAGGAGGCUCCAACAGGCCCGACGGCCCUGCGGUCUUCAUCCAGGAGGUGCUGUCUGGAGGAGACUGCCACCGGGAUGGACGUCUGAGACCUGGAGAUCAGCUCAUCGCCAUGAACAAGGAGUCUUUGAUAGGUGUUACCCAUGAGGAGGCCAAAGCCAUGCUGAACAAAGUCAAAUUCAGCCAGGAAACUGCAGUGGAGAUAGCCUUCAUCCCGGGUAAAGGACUCUUUCCAAGCAGCACGUCUCUCCAUAACGGAGUCCAGCGAGCCGCCGGAAACAGCUACAACUCGGGACGCUUAAAAGUCCACAUCAGAUCACCUGAGAUCUGUACCGAGGAGCCGGCUCCAGUGUCCUCACCGUCUCCUGACAUCUGUCCUCCAGAUAUUCAUAUUUCAGGUUCAACCAGCCAGAGGUCGCCAACAGGGGCAAAACCCAAGAUAACACUGGACCCAUACAUACGCCUCAAAUCAGACAAGUUAGACUUGGCUUUGUCCUUCCUCGGGUUGGAUGUCACAGAAGAGAAGAGGAAGAAGUUGAAACAAAGUCUGACCACAGACCCACAAGGCACCGUGGCCUAUGGAGACUUUGUGGAGGUAACCCGGAACAUCUUCCAGGAGAACCUAGAGGAGCUGGGUUUGGGAGCGGGUCCCUUCACGUUCUCCUAUCAUGAAGCUGCCAGUUUGAUGGACACGUCAGCCUUCCAUUCACCUACAUAUGAAUCAGAAGGCAGCUACAGCAGCGAAGAGAUGGAGCAGUUUCAGACAGAAGUGAAGCAGCUGCAGACCCAGAUGAAGCAGCUCAAGGUGAUGCUGAAGGACAUGGAGCACAGCAAGAAGACUCUGGAGGAGGAGCUGCAGAAGACCUCAGAGAAAGCCUGUUUGACUGUGGAAGAGAACACCCGUUUGAAGAGUCGUCUGGAGGCAGCCGAGGCCGAGGCGGUGCAGCGGCAGGCCGGCAGUGCUGAGCAGGACUACGAGGAGGUCAUCCAGCUGCUGGAGGCCGAGAUCAGAGACCUGAAGAACCAGCUGGCCAGCAAGAGACAAGCGCGAGGAGCAGAGCCCACCAAGGAGGAGGUGGUGGAGCUGAACAGGAGGCUGUCGGCCAUCGACUGUCAGCUGAGGAGGUCCGAGCAGAGCAGGAAACACCUGGAGGUGUCCAACAAGAAACUGCUGGGCUUUGCACAGAACGUCCACAAAGUGCUGACAACACCCACCCUGUUUGGAGGAGAAAGCGGGAGCAACAGGUCAUCUCCAGCCACGGACAGCCCCGACACCCCGACACCACUUCCUGACUCCGCCUUCCAGCUGGCCGUGGAAGCCAAAGAGCUGAUGGAGGGAGUGGGACCCGGCGCCGCUGAUGACAAAGCAAGUGCGUCAGAGGCAGCGUCGGUACCAGAUGUCAGCCCUCAUCACGUGUGAGCAACAAAGAGAAGAAAGGACGAAAGGGAAGGACCUGGGUCGGGCUGAAGAGGCUGAAAGAGCAGCUGGACCUACGACGGACUACAACACAAGAGAGCAGCGAGACAUGGCACCAUUCCGACUUCAGAAAACAACGACAUGGCUUCAACAAAUCCAAAUCCUCAGUCCACAGUGACACCUUUUAAUUGAUGACAUGUUUUAAUGCCAACACUUGCUCACGCAUCGAAUUAGUGUCUUCCUCCGAGAUGUCCUUCAGUCUCUCUGCAGGGUUCAAUCAGCCGAGACUCGAGGACUCUCGCCGUUUCAACGACAAAUCACAUGUACAGAAGUCUCUAUGAGAAGUGCUCUGCCAAAAAAACAACAAAAAAAAAACAACAUGUCUGC